GGGGAGGGGAGGGGGGGAACCAAAGAGAAAACUUUUCAUUUGCUACUGCAGUUUAGAAAUUGAGGUGACUAUUUCUCCAAAAAGAAACACAGGGACUUUACCGUGGCAUUUGCACAGCGGAGAGGGAGAAACUUCAACACCCUUCUCUCUCUCACACAGACCUCCUCUUUUUUUUUUUUUUUUCCACUUAGUUUACCACUCCAGAUAGGACCAACAGGGAGUUCUGGGCUUUUUUAUUUUCCCUCCUUCCAACCUCAAGUCCUUCAUUUUCACACCCUGGAGUAUCUAAUAGCAUUAGAUAGAGAAAGGCAACCUUCGAAAUAGCUCCUUCAAACCACAGCUCAACUUCACAGGGGCUUAGGAUGUGAUUCCUAAUGAGAUCCAUUUCAAUCAAACACGAUUUCAAUUCAUUCCUCUUGGGGCGGGAGGGGGGACUGGGGACCCAGAUCACACAGAUUCCUCGCAGCUCCUGGAAUUGUCGGGCGGUGUGGGGAGUCCCUCGGGCGGCCCCCCCCCCCUCCCCUGGGUUGCCAGUGAAGGAAGAAGUUGGUUUUGAACUGGAGGAGCAGCACAGCUGACAGGGUGCAGUUUCAUCUGUUGUGCUUGGGAACCCUGGCAGAGUUAGAAACAAUUGCCCUGAACACCCAGAAGAGCAAAGACGAUCUGUAAGCCGGCUCUAUUUUUAACGAAGGACUUGAGAACCUCACCCCAUGCACAGCGAUUUCCCCCUCGCCCUUUUUGCUGGCUUUGCACUCCCCACGGAAGGCUCCGAUGUCGGUUGUGUGGGUGAUUCUCCCCAUUCCCUGCCCCCCAAAGCCUUGCCUUUGGAAUUGCUGAAAAUCACUCGCCCUCUGAGUCAACUUGGCCGUGACCGGCACGAUGGCGUCCCGAGCCACAGCUCUCGGCUCUCCCAGCUGGGCUCGGUGUCCCAAGGACCUUACUCGAGCGCCCCGCCGCUGUCCCACACCCCGUCGUCCGACUUCCAGCCGCCCUACUUUCCGCCCCCCUACCAGCCGCUCCCCUACCACCAGAGCCAGGACCCCUACUCCCACGUCAACGACCCCUACUCCCUGAACCCCCUGCACCAGCCCCAGCAGCACCCCUGGGGGCAACGGCAGCGGCAAGAAGUGGGUUCGGAAGCCGGCUCUCUCCUGCCCCAGCCCCGGGCCGCCUUGCCCCAGCUCUCGGGCCUCGACCCCCGGAGGGACUACCACUCGGUCCGCCGGCCCGACGUGCUGCUGCACUCGGCGCAUCACGGCCUGGACGCGGGCAUGGGUGACAGCCUCUCGCUGCACGGCCUCGGCCACCCCGGGAUGGAAGACGUCCAGUCAGUUGAAGAUGCCAAUAACAGCGGCAUGAAUCUAUUGGACCAGUCUGUCAUAAAAAAAGUUCCGGUUCCUCCCAAAUCUGUGACUUCUCUGAUGAUGAAUAAAGAUGGCUUCCUGGGAGGCAUGUCCGUCAACACCGGCGAGGUGUUUUGCUCGGUUCCCGGCCGUUUGUCUCUGCUCAGUUCCACUUCAAAGUACAAAGUAACUGUGGGGGAAGUGCAGAGACGGCUCUCGCCCCCCGAAUGCCUCAAUGCGUCUCUCCUCGGCGGCGUCCUCAGGAGAGCCAAAUCGAAAAAUGGGGGGAGAUCUUUGCGGGAAAGGCUAGAAAAAAUCGGUUUGAAUUUACCCGCGGGCAGGCGCAAAGCAGCAAAUGUCACGUUACUCACCUCCCUGGUGGAAGGAGAAGCUGUUCAUUUAGCUCGGGAUUUUGGCUACAUCUGCGAAACAGAGUUUCCCGCCAAAGCUGUUUCUGAAUAUUUGAACCGGCAGCACACAGACCCCAGCGACCUGCACUCCCGAAAGAAUAUGCUGCUGGCCACCAAGCAACUUUGUAAAGAAUUUACAGAUCUGUUGGCGCAGGACCGGACGCCGAUUGGGAACAGCCGGCCCAGCCCCAUCCUGGAGCCGGGGAUCCAGAGCUGCCUCACGCACUUCAGCCUCAUCACGCACGGCUUCGGCGCCCCGGCCAUUUGCGCGGCGCUCACGGCCCUGCAGAACUAUCUCACCGAGGCGCUCAAAGGCAUGGACAAGAUGUUCUUGAACAACACCGCCACUAACAGGCACACGUCUGGGGAAGGCCCAGGUAGUAAAACUGGCGACAAGGAGGAGAAACACAGGAAAUGAAAAAUUAAAAAAAAAGGAAAAAAAAUGUUUUAAAUACAAAAGGAAAACAGGAAAAAAAUUAAUUUUAGCUUUAAAAUACUGGAUUGGCUUUGGAAGAAUUAUAUUAGGUAGAAUACAUAUGCAAUCAAAAUUAAAACAGAACAGCUAAGUAACUUAAAACUUGAGGCGUUCCACGGAGCAACAGUAUCGGUUCUCAGUGUCUAUUGCAAGAUACACUUGGAGACAACCGUCCGGAUUUUCCACUUCGGUUCUUUUCGAGCUUAGUCAUACUGAUAAUAAAAGAAAACCAUGUUUUUACCCCCACCCCCUUUGGAAAAAUAAACAUAAGACUAAACAUGAGAAAACGCUAACUUAUUGGAAGAAAAUCGGAGAAACUGUUGGUGUCAGUGCUUUGACAGCUGGUUGACUGAAUCGCACGAACUUUUUAAUUUUUGAUAUAUUUUUAGGAAACUGUCUCGCGAGUCCCCGCCCUUCCCCCCUCACCUCGCCCUUCUCCCAACUACCCUUUUCUAUUCUGCCCUCCCUCCCUCCCUCGAGCUAUCACGGGAGUCUGCCGGGAUGAACGAGACGGUUAGGACUUUUGCAUUGUGUUUCAGGCCCCCCUGCCCCGCCCCGCGUUUCAAACUCACCGGUGCCGGCUCCGGGCCAGCCGCUUGCCUACUUAGGGAGGGCGAGGGCGGGCGGGGUGGGAGGCCAUCGGAGAUGCAGGCGGCGGUGGCUGCAGCUUCUGGUACCCGCCCUGAGCCAAAUCCGGACCAAUAGGUUGAUUCAGACUCAUCAUCAGUUCUUUUCAGAAAUGUUACUAGUUCCCAGCCUUGCCAGCAUCGGCAGACAGAGAAUCUUGCAUUUGUUAUAUUUGUGUCAUCUACCAAUUUUAAGAAUAAUAGUAAAAAGAAAAAAACAAACCCACACCACAAUAUGAAUACGUUGAUUAGUAUGUAAUUCCUUCGGAGGGGUAUGUACCAUUUCAUUCUCUUCUGUUUUCCAAAGCUUUGCCCGCAUGGUUUAUGAGCUUCUUCAAAGAGGACUGGGGCUUCCUACACAAUCUAUAAGGUACAGAGAAAAAAAAAAAAUCCGAUCCCUUUUUAAUCAAAGCCUGUGUGUCAGAAUUCUGCAGGGGCACUUCUUUAAAGAAGCUCAAAGGGAAUAAUUUAGAAAGUGGCCAAUAAGAGAUGGAAGCAGCUCUGAGUCUAGUUGCUAACAGAUACCUCAUUGCGGAAUUCUGUGGAACGGCUGAACUGCAAAAUGACUGUUAGAGGAGAGGAGUAAGGGUUCUUGGAGCCCCCUAUUUUAACAGUACUGCCCUGCCUUUAAAAUGGGUUCUAUUUCCUUGGGCUCUUGGGCAACUGCUAUGUUAGCGGGCAGAGAAGCAGCUUUGGCAAUGUCGUGGGGAGUAGUGGGGGCAAGCUCCCAGGUUUCAGCAACAAUUGCUUUCUUACAAGAUGCUUUAUGAAUGAGGCACUCUCCCUCUCCCAGGCGUGCACUUGUUUUGGUGUAUGAUGCUAAAAUAAUGCAGAGUGAAAGGAAAUGUAUCUCCGCUUUGAAUUUCACCGUCUGGAUAUACAGCACUGGGGCUAUGCCCAGUGGAUACAGUUUCAUGCAUUUAAGAUCUCUCUCUCCUGGCAGCCCCUCUCCUUUCUUGAGUUUUAUCUGCGCAUUAUCUGGAAAUAAGAUCUGGAACCCACUGUCCCCACCCUCCCAAAAGCGGUGGGAAGUCCCCUGGGGAGGGGUGGGUGAGGUAGUUCUCUGAAUUUAGUAUCAUACAGACACCUCUUUAUACAAAGUAGGCUUGAGGACGUUUGCUACAUUCCUUGAAGAUAAGGGGUUUCCAGUUAGGACCCUCUGGGACGCUCAGUUCUGCCGCCAGGGUGGGUCUUGGCCUCGGAAGGUUGAAAGGCUGGGUUUAGGAAGCUGCUGGGAGCUUUGCGUAGACAUUUUCUAUGGGGGAGGGAGUUAGGGAGCUAGUUUCAGGUCACCAGGAGGGCCCAAGCAAGGGUUAAUGUGACACUGCCAGCUCCUUCGGGGGGCUCAGCCCUAGAAGCGUGUUAGGAGUACCAAGGCCGGGAACUAGACCUUAGGGAGCGUCAUGUAGACACUCCAUCUCUCCCCAGCUCAGAAGCCUGCGCCUUGGUCCGAGGGCCUGGCCGCUGGUAUUAGAUGUAUUCUUAUUGCCAAAGGCCAGGAGAAACCACACUGAAAACCAUCGUCUCCUUUCCUUGCAGGGCAACGCGCCCCACGCGUGUGACGUGCGAGAGACGCGAUGGACGCGCCUUGCUCUUACUGUGCAGGUCCUGAGAGCGCGUGGGCCACUCGCGCCCAGUCGUGUUGAGGACAUAGAAUCAGCCGCUGGAGGGGCCGCGGGCCGCCUGGGCCCUUCCCGCUCUCGGUCUCAUCUUAAGGGCUAAGGCGACCGAGAUAGCCCCACUCUCCAGUAGGUAAUGGGGAGGCGUCCUGGGGGCUGCAGGCGGGGAGGGGUCUCAGCACCGCCUAGGCGCUUUGCUCCCAGCGGCCACCCUGAGCGCCUGCUCCUGCAGGGCGGCGAGUGGCCUAGAACUGUCCAGGGAACCGGAGUUUCCCCCACCUUUGCUAGGACGAAAACUCCAUCCUCAGGCUCCAGAAGCGGGUGAUGGAAUAGGAAUGGUCUUACUUGGCUGCUCAGGCUUGCGUGGUCCUGCACCCUCAUUCCCAAGUUCCUCCCACGCCCCGCCCAGUAGGGCUGGAUGCGCGUCUCCUCUGCCCCCAACCCGGGGUGGAGACAGCCCUGGCCCCCUCGCCCUUUUGCACUUCUUUCGUGUACCACCCCGCCGCCCCCUUGCUUUCCUUAGCCAGGCCCGCUAUGUUUAUCUGAUAAUUGAGUUAUUAGAAGAUUGGGUUUCCUUGGGCCCAUAAAUCAAUAAACAGGAUUAACUCAAGAGUUUGCCUUUUUUUAAAGCGAGCUUUUCUGAGUUUUGUUUUCAAACCAAACAGGUGAGUUGCAGCUCUCCCCCCACCCUACCCUCUCUAGACAAUUUUAUCAGGCCCUGGCCCCCUCCCUGAUGCUCGGGCCAAAACCAAAAGCGCUAAAGAUAGAAAGGAGCAGUCAGGACGCAGCCCUCGGCCCCUCACUUUCCACUUUGCAAGUUCCUUUGGAGGUUCUAACGAUUUCCCCCCCACCAUUCUCGUCCACCUGUCUCUUCCUAUAGGAAUUUCCAGUCUCGGGGGGCACUUCCCCCCUGCCCCGCAAAUAGUGGCUCUGGUUCUGGGUGAGCCUCCCAUCUCAAAGUGAUCUUGAACUUCUCCCCCAAACUCGGAAGGUACCCCACCCCUGCCCUGCCCCAAUUAUCUUGAACUUUCUUUCCCCCUCUCUGGCUCCACAACCUUAGCUUUCUCCACCCCCCACAUAAAGAACCGAAGAGGCUUUUCAGAGACUGGGGGCUGUUUUAUUUUCUUUGGCCACGGAAACUACUUUCUCUCGAGCAAUUGCUUCAUAUCCUAAGAAAACGUUGGUCGAAUGGAAAACCUGAAACCCCAAACUUACCUACACACGGUCUCUCCGGUACAAAGCCUUACUUAAAAUGGCAACCUGUUCCUCCUCGGAGUGUUUAGAGAGAAUUUGUCAUCACAUCUGAUAUCCUGGAAGGGUAAUACAUUACAUGGAAAGGAAAUAACCUUAAACCGUCUGAUGUUGCCUCAAGAGCCCACACAGUGUUUUCCCUCCUGUGCUGAUGUUGUUAAAUUAUGGGGGAGGGGGAAGAAAAGAAAAAAAUAUAUCAAAAUUAGUUUUGUUUUCUUUUUAAAAGCGGAACAAGAACUAUUCUUUAAAGGUCAAAAUUGACUCCUCUGCUGAGUUGGUCUCUAAUUCACUAAGAUAGUUUUUGCCACAUAACUUCAAUCUGGUGACUCUUCAGGAGAAGAGCGCGGGAGGGUGUCCAUGUUAAGUUUGUAUAUAUUUAUUUAUGCUUAAUUUAAUGGGAAUGUGUAAAUAUGGCGAGCAAGUAGUUUGGGAUUAUUUAUCUGUGAAUCUAUACCUCUGUGAAUGGGUGGUUAAAAAAAAAAAAACACAAAAAACCCGCUUGACCCUAGAUAGAAUCCUAUCUGACUUUUUCUGUUCUUUAUAGACAAGCUGUUAUGGUAAUGGGUAGAAAUUGGUUUAUUGUCCAGUGUUGAUCUGAUUUACAUAAAUAAAAAGAUCUUUGUGUUUUUGUUGUGUUUUCAUCCUCAGUUUCUUGAAUAUGGAAAUUGUUUAAUUCAGAAAUUAACAGACAGAAAACCCCAACCCUAGCCAAGAGGUUUUUGUCCUCCCCUCACCAAAACACAGGCAAUGUCUUUGUUACAUCAUAAAUACAAUAAAUUUCGCUUCUCAGAAAAACUGA